AACAUGCAAAAGAAACAUCGCAACCUAUACCAAAAUUCCACUAGUUUACAGAAUCCUUUUGAUAAGAUUAAAGUACCUACUAUAGCUACUAAUAAUCAAGCUGAUUUUGAAGCCGAAUCAGCUGUAAUAAUUGGCAAAACCUGUAAAAAUGUUGAUAGAGAAGAUGCUUUACAAUAUGAUUUGGGAUAUACCGUAGGAAAUGAUGUUUCCGCUAGAAAAUGGCAAGCUGAAUUAAUUAGUUUCUUAAAUCAGGGUACGACAUUACAAGCUGAUUCUUUGAUCUUAACAGAAAAUCCUCAAGGCGUUGGGAUUUACUAG